AUGCCAAACCUAAAGGAAAACUGUGUGGAGAAACUUACCACAGCGAUGAACAACGUACUAUCAUCACAGCCUGAUGUGGCGCAACGCAUCCUGAGCGAAUAUGGUAUCAGCAGGGGCAUGUCCGACGACGAAGCAUUACCUGCAGUACUUGAUUACAUCAAUGAUAUCUGUUUUUUUGCGCCUGUUCUGACUCUCACACGGGGUUGGAGGGGGAACUCUCACGUUUACUACUUCAAUGAAGGAAAUCCAUGGGAGGGACCCUGGAAAGGAAGGGCAACCCACAUCCUUGACGUUGCAUAUCUAACCCAAAACUUUCAAGAGUUCAUGACACCCUCCCAACAACGUGUUGCGACUGCCUUUGCAGAAGACUUCUUCAAGUUUUGUCACGGCAUCCACCCGUGGCCAGCAGUCACAGAUGGUGAUAUCGCUACCAAUUUCACGGCUAGGGUGUAUGGGCCAAGCUCCGAAGGACAUGACUCUAGGCUAGUGAGUGAGCCGUACAAGGGGGAGAGCCAUCGCAGAAGCAUUUUGUUUGACUGCAACCAUGCAGUCUCGCUCGACGAGCUGGCCGGUGUAUUCGGUGUUUUCAGGACAAUGUGA